AUGGAUGCAGAGGAUGUUCUUACACUCCUUGACCAUUACUGGUUUAACCUAGAAAUCAUCACCAAAAAACCAAUCUCAACUCAUUCCAAAACACCAGUUUCUCCUCAUGAAAUCCAAACCGAACCCCAAAAACAAGAAAUCUCUCGUGUACCAUCACGCCAUAUUCGAUCUCACAGUGAUCAAUUCACCUCAAAGUUAAACCCUGUCAUCACAGAUUUUGAUUCUCCUAAAUCAGUUUUACUCUCGCAUAGACUCCAAACGAUUCUUUCAGGUAAACGAGUUUCAGAAGUAGUAGAAGAAGAAGAAGAAAUAGAAGAACCUCAUUUCAUUGUUGAUAUGAAUAACUAUAAUACUAAGAAGAAGAAGAAUAUGAUGAUGGGAAUGGGAAUGAGGAGAAGAAAAAACAGAGGAAGUAGUAAGAGUUUAUCAGAUCUUGAAUUUGAUGAGUUACAAGGUUUUAUGGAUUUAGGUUUCAAAUUUUCUGAAGAAGAUAAGAAUUCGUUAACUUUGGUUUCAAUUGUACCUGGUUUACAACGAUUUGGUAAGAAAGAUAAUGGUGAUAAUAAUACUGAAAAUCACGAAGGCGUUUUGAUUUCAAGACCUUAUCUCUCUGAAUCUUGGGAUGCUUUAGAUAAAAGAAGAAAACCAGAAACAGCACGACCACCAUUGAUAAAUUGGAAAGUUCCUAAUUUAGGAAAUGAUAUUGAUAUGAAAGAUCAACUCAAGUUUUGGGCUCAUACUAUCGCAUCCACUGUUAGAUGA